GCAACAACACUCACAGUACAGAGCUCCAAAUUUUUGAGAGGAAGAGACACUCAUAGAUGGCUCUUCAUUGCCUAUCUUCUUCCUGCUUGGCCCUUCCUUCCAAGUUCGGCAACCUUUCCCUCAAUGGCCCUUCUACUUCUUCAGCUUCCACCCAUUUCCCUUCUCUCUCUUUCUCCGCUAACCUCUCUCACGAUUUCUUCUCCAAAGGGUAUUUGUGUGUGAGCCCAAGUCAGAGGUCAGUUCGUCGCUCUGUGGUUUGUGAGGCAGCUCCAACCAAGAAGCCUGAUUCUGCUGAAAAGAGAGCUCGCCAGGCUGAGAAAAGGCGCAUUUACAACAAGUCCAGAAAGUCGGAAAUCAAAACCAGGAUGAAGAAGGUUUUGGAAGCUUUAGACGUGCUCAAGAAGAAACCAGAUGCUCAGGCUGAAGAAGUUCUUUCAAUUGAGAAGCUUAUCGGUGAGGCAUACUCCAUCAUUGACAAAGCAGUGAAGGUUGGAACAUUGCAUAGGAAUACUGGAGCACGCAGAAAGUCUCGAUUGGCCAGAAGAAAGAAGGCUGUAGAGAUCCAAAAAGGCUGGUAUACCCCGGCUGAUUCUGAAGUUACUGCCUGAGGGAACAAAACCCCUUUGUUGGGUCAUAUUCUUUUGUUUCCUUACUGUUAAAUUUCUUUUGUAAUGUAUGCUAUCUUUCCUUUCAAUCUCUGUAUCUUUCCAUAUAUAUUGUACAACUGUAGUCUUCGUUCUUUUGGUAUUCAAAAUGUUGAUGAGCCAAA